CUUCGUGAAUCUCUCAACGGAUAGAGUCUACUAGGAAGUAAAAGUAGUACAAGUAAACAUUUUUAAAUCAUUUAUAUCUACAAAAUAUGUGACAACACGACAGACCAAAGAUAUGGCAACUUUAAUGAAAGUAAGACAUUCUCAACUUGAAGUCGCUAUUGAUGAGGUUUUCAACGACUUGCUGACUAAGACACCUCAUAAAAUUUCAGCUCAGGGUGACAAAGUAGAAAUGCUGGCGUCAGCGCUUGAAAAAAAUCAGUGUUAUAUUGGACGGAAGACACCAAGAAAAGAUACAUCCUUGAAUUAUUUCGGAAACAUUUUUAGAGUUAUUAAGAAAAACAAAGAUUGUAGAGUGGUUUUAAUAACAUGGCUUCAAAGUGUAGACGCUUCAUAUUGUGCAAAACUUGUACUCAGGGAGAAAAUCGAAGGAAUUAAACUUCUAAAAGUUAAAGAAAGUAGCAAGCAUGAAAAAAUUGACAAAUACCAAGCAAUAGAGUGGUUUAAAGAAAUAUGUGUGAAGCCGUUAGAAAAUUCUGAAAAAAGCGAGCGCAGUUCUUUAUUUCCCUCUAUUCUAGAGGCAUGUAAACAAGAAUAUGUAGAAGUAAACGAUCAUGGUAUUUAUGGAGAAGAUGACCUACAGCAAAAACUGAAGUCAGCAAUGAUCAACAAUGUUUUACAAUCAAAGAUUUUGAACGAAUGUCUACCAGGAGGUACCAGUUGGAAGGAGUAUGUUGAAAAUAAUAAAGUUUUUACAUCCGGGCUACCAUUUUGUCUACUAUACGCUUCUGACGUAUUAUCUGUAAACAUUCGUGUCCUUUGUUUCCCAUCCUGUGAGGAGGUCAACUUUUAUGGCGAAAAAGCAGAUGUAACGCUUCAGCUUGGUUUAUUGGGACAUGAUUCGUUUGUCCCCUUGAUAAAAGUCACUAAAGAAGAUGGCGGGCAAAUACAGAGACUGGAACAAACGAUAUCUCAUUUGAAAAAGGAAAUUAAAAAACUAAAAGAGAUGAAAGUGGAAUCAAAUAGACAAAAACAGUCAUUAAAUGAGAAAAUCAAUAAAGCUGAACAUGCUCUACAUGUCAAGGAAGAAGAAUACAAACAAAUAAUAGAAGACAUGGCCAAAGAUGCUCGGGACAGCAUUCAAAAGGUAGCACGAGAAGUCGCAGAAAAAGUAACAAAAGAGUUGACUGCAAAGUUCGCGAAGCAAAUGCUAAAGUAACUAAUUUUGAAGAAAAAUUAU